AUGCUACAAAAAUGCCACAAUGUUACCGACGUUACAAGGGCUACUAAGGUUACCGCUGCCUGCUGCCCUCAGUUUGAGAUAAUCAGCCUUGCAGUCUCAUUCGUAAGAGAUCCCGCUGAUCGAUUAUUGAGUCGUCCCACUGCAAUCGAUGCGAAAGAAAACGACUCGCCUGAAUCUAGCCAAGGCGGUGGAACAGUGACAGAAUCAGCGUCGGAUGCAAUUUUUUGUGCUCUUCUUGCUGCGAGACAGUGGAAGAUAAAUCAAGUAGUUGAAGAGCAGCGACGUAGUGGAGUAGUGAAAUACGAUACAAUACAUGAUAUUGCAAAACGAUUAGUUGUAUACUGCAGCAAAGAUGCGCAUUCUUGUAUUGAAAAAGCUUGCAAACUUGCAAUGCUUAGAUGUCGUCCGAUACAAGCAAAGGAAGAGAAUCUGUGGGGCAUCACUGGGGAGCAAAUAGAAGAACGCAUCGAAAAGGAUCUUAAAAGAGAUCUGAUCUUGCUUCAUUCAUUGUACACUAGGAACAAUUCCAACCGCUUCCUGUGA